UUAAAAAAAAGUUAUUAAUUCGCGAAAACAAAAAGUAACUUGAAUUGGCACAAGAACAUUUUUAAUUCAGUAUUUUCUGGGAAGACAACAGGGUUCUCAAUAUAAGACCCAGAGCAACUAAUUCCGUUAAUUUAAUUUAAUUAUCCACAGUAUCCAUACUGUUGUUGAAGUUUGUUUAUUUUCCAUCAUAUAGCUAAGUAUACAGGGGAGUCCGACAAUGGGUCUUUUGACAGAUCCUCGUGCUGGAAAUGGAGAGAUGGCCAAGUUUAUUCUGAAGUGGGAAAGACCACUUUGUUACAUGUUGUAUUUUGCUGGAAUCAUUUGGCUGAUGCUUUUGGUGUUGCCAUACUUCAAUGACAAUACGUAUUACUCUGAAAAUGCAUUGCUUCCUGGCCUGGUGAAAAAAGAAAGUAACUUGAGGCCGGCUGCCAAACAGUUUUACCACGAGUUGAGCUCGGAAAGGGAAAGAUUUCCCGAUUCCAUGCCCUACGCGUGGAUAUUAGCUAAAUUUCAUCAGUUGCACCUCGAGGUUUUUACUCAUAACUUUACACUGAACUAUCCAUUCAAAAAUCAAAAGUACCUGGGACAAAAUGUUUAUGGUAUAAUCAGAGCUCCAAGAGCUGCAAGUACUGAAGCAAUUGUCGUCAGUGUGCCAUAUCGACCGCUAACCAGUAUUCAUGCUGAUACUACAGCAUCAAUAGCAUUACUACUGUCCUUUGCUCAAUUCUGUCGCAAACAAAAAUAUUGGGCAAAGGACAUAAUAUUUUUAGUGACUGAACAUGAACAAUUAGGUAUUCAAGCCUGGCUAGAUGCUUAUCACGGAGUUACCAGUGGCCACGAAGGCAUCCUCAUUUCUGGAGAUUUGCCUGGUAGAGCUGGCUCCAUUCAAGCUGCAAUAAACUUAGAACUGCACUCGAUGUUUGUCACAUCCAUCGAUGUGAAGGUUGAAGGGCUCAAUGGCCAGUUACCAAAUUUAGAUUUAUUCAACUUAGCCCAAAAUAUGAUUAACAAAGAAGGGAUUCGUAGAUCAUUCCAACGUCGUUUCGAUACGUAUGAAAAAGAUAGACUGAAAAAAUGGUGGUACCAAUUUAGUACUCUUAUGUCAAUGACAUUAACUCAAGCCACUGGAAUUCCAACUGGAAAUCAUGGUUUGUUUCACAGAUUUGGGAUUGAAGCCAUCACAUUGGAAGGUUUUGACAGUGGUAAAAACGAAAUGAAGCAUCACUUGUACCACGUUGGACGAGUAGUGGAAAGUAUCAUUAGAUCCCUAAACAAUUUACUGGAACGUUUUCACCAGUCGUAUUUUUUUUACAUCCUUCCCUGCACCGACAGAUUUAUUUCUAUAUCUCUUUACAUGCUGUCGCUGGUUCUGAUGGUAGCUAGUUUAUUCAUUAAAGCCUACUCCAUGUGGUUGAGACUGCAAGACAUUAACGUAAAAGCAGAAGCUGAGCAGAAAAACGCCGAUGACAAGAAAACGAGCAAAGUAAAGAUUUCGGAGUUCAGCGUAGGUUGCAUAGCAUCCGAAAUACUAUGGACCCACGCCAUAGGGUUCACUUUAAUGUCCUCCCCGAGACUAUCGACCGCACUGAUAACGCAAUACUUCAAUUUGAAAACUGAAGAUGCGCUGUACUACAGCUUUGUAACGGCUACUGUUUUAUCAAUCAUGUGGCCCUUAAUUGCCAUCAAAAGGAUAGCAAAGUACAACAACAUCGCUCUCAUCUGUGUCAUCACUUGCGUUGAAUUCGCAACGGCUUUAACGUGCGUUGCUAUGCAGAACUUUUCACUGGCAUGGCUUGCUGCGGUUAUAUACGUUCCUGUCGCCUUAUCCAUCACUCCUAAGCAACCCGUUUCCAGCAGAUUCCGUAAACUCUUGUACGUGAUAUGGCUACUGCUGCAUCCCUUCUUCGUCAUGUCGUUCGCGAUAUUGAUCUACUCGUACAUAAAUUACGGAGACGAGGCUAUUCUCACUAUUUUGUAUCGAUCUCUCAGAGCUACGAAGCAAGGCUUGGUACUCAGCAUCAUCGACUCGAUGAUCUACGGGAACUGGUUUUACAACGUCACCGUGGCCGUCAUGUUGCCGAUUUGGCUGAUGUUUUGGAGCGUUAUUUGCCAAAGUACCCAAGUCAGCGCAUAGUAAGCUGCGAAUACCAAAAAAUACUCAUAGCUGAUGAUGGGUGAUUUCUCUGUUUUUAACGAUUACGAAAAAAUGUAUUGAAUGCAUGGCUGAAUAUUGUACAUUCGUUUAAUAAACCAUGAUUUCUACAUUUACA